AUGGGGGAGGAGGUGGCAAGGGACGCGUCUUCUCUGGAGGAUGGAAAAAAGGGCAAAAGUAAAGGAGGAAAAGAGAGGAGAAAAAAACAAGGGAACGAAGAAGAAGCAAAAGAUAAAAAAUUACAUCCCAAUAUUCGAAAUAAAAUUCAGAUUGCAAAAAAGCAGUAUGACGAAAAGCUGCCAGAGUCGAUAUUCGAUUUGUUGACACCAAAACCAACCACAACAACACCGAAACCAAUAAUCGAACGAUUAUUUGAACCAUUUCUCAAUCCUAUCAAAAAUGAAUUAAAUAAAUUCAAAGAGGCAACAGAAAUGACCAAACGUAAUCACCAACGCAUCUCAGAGCAUGGUAGAUUGCCGAUAUCAAACGACAAUGAGAUCGUAUCUCCGAACGUAAUGACGAACAGUGACUCAGCACGUCGUUCACCAUCGAAAUUUGUUGACGACAAUAAAAUCACUUCGCAAUCAUCAUAUGAUGAUCAUGAGGGACCACAAAUCAUGUCACUGCUUGAGUCGUUCGGUCAAAAUGUGCAUAAAGAUGACGAAAUGCACGUUGGUAGAGAUAAGUCCGUCAAUAUACUCGGAAUGCCAGUUGGGAGACGAGAUGGAUUAAUCUUUAAUCCUUUAAAUGGAAUCAGUUUGGGGAAUCAGGAUAUGUACGGUCCUGUUGCAAUCAACGAUAAAUACAAUAUCAACUGGGGAUUUAUCGAUAAAAUCGGUCGAUUGAUUGAUUCUUUAUCAGACAAGGUUAUUCAUUAUGUUUUCUAA